CUCUCUCUCUCUGUCUCUUCAGUGCUGCCGCGGCGAAGCAUCGCAGGAGCCUCUGUCUCUCUCUCGGGGUCCCUUUACUGCCUUCGGAUGCCGUGGGAAGCACAAAGAUUGGAUCUUGAUUGACCGGUGGAUCUAUCAAUCAAUCAAUCAUCCAGCUCGUUUUCGCCAUUUUUCCUGCUCUUUUUCCGCCUCCGAUCGGUCCGUAAAAGUGUGUAAAUGGCUGGGUUCAACUGGUGGAGCUGCAGCUGCUAUCUACGUCGGAACUGCUCAUGGCGUCAGGGAUUUGAGGCUCCACGGGAUCGUUUUCUUUGAAGGAUCGUGGCUUUUGUGACAAUUUUUGUUGAGAAUUCGUGUAUACGGAGGGAAAAGAAGAAUUGAGAUUUGCUAAACGCUCAAGACGAUGGGCGGGCUUUGCUCGAAAAGAUCCGCUGUGGAUAAGUCGCCCAGUGAGACUACCUUCGAUUCCAAUGGACUCAGAGAUAACCCACUACCAACUCAAUCCCGUAGUAAGAAGCAAGGGGAUUCGGUCCGUUCCAUGGCAACAGAAGCUAAGGAAAAGCGGCUGCAACAACAGCCUUUUUCCUCCUCGGAGGGGGUGAGAACGCCUGGUGGAAACAUUCCAGCCACUUCCGCAGAGGCCACCGAGCCGCAGUUCUUGAGGUCUCUCUCACAGAAGUCCAGGUCAACCAAGUCAAAGCCUUCCACCUCUGGAAAGGCCGGGGCUACCAAGGUUUCAGAAGUGAGCUCAGUUUUGGGCAAGGCAGGUAGUCUUGGGCUUGGCAAAGCAGUGGAGGUACUGGACACACUUGGUAGUAGCAUGACGAGUUUGCACCUCAGUGGUGCUUUUGUAUCCGGAGGGUCAACAAAAGGAAAUAAAAUAUCGAUUUUAUCUUUUGAAGUUGCCAACACAAUAGUUAAAGGGUUCAAUCUUAUGCAAUCACUUUCAAAGGAGAACAUAAAGCAUUUAAAGGAAGUGGUUCUUCCAUCAGAAGGUGUACAACACCUAAUAUCCAAAGACAUAGAUGAGUUGCUAAGGAUCGCUGCUGCUGACAAAAGGGAAGAGUUGAAAGUAUUUUCAAAAGAGGUUGUCCGCUUUGGAAAUCGUUGCAAAGAUCCUCAAUGGCACAAUUUGGAACGCUAUUUUGACAAACUAGCAUCAGAACUUCCACCUCAAAAUCAGCUGAAAGAAGUAGCAGAAACAGUGAUGGAGCAACUCAUGAGUUUGGCUCAGAAUACAGCUGAAUUAUACCACGAGUUGCACACCUUGGAUAGAUUUGAGCAAGAUUAUAGGAGAAAGCAUCAAGAAGAGGAUAGUGCAACAGGAUUUCAAAGAGGUGAUAAUCUCCAAAUCCUAAGGCAAGAAUUGAAGAGCCAAAGAAAGCAUGUAAAAUCCUUGAAGAAGAGAUCACUCUGGUCCAAGAAUUUGGAAGAGGCACUGGAAAAGCUUGUAGACAUUGUCCAUUUCUUACACUUGGAGAUUUAUUAUAUCUUUGGAAGCACUGAUACUGACAAAACAGAAGAGGAAACUAUGAAGAGCCAGAGAAGACUGGGACCUGCUGGCCUUGCGCUGCAUUAUGCAAAUAUCAUAACUCAGAUUGACACUCUUGUCUCACGGUCAAGCUCUGUACCUCAAAAUACAAGGGACUCAUUGUACCAAGGUUUGCCUCCAACAAUUAAAAAUGCAAUCCGUUCUAGGUUGCAAUCAUUUCAAAUCAAGGAGGAGCUUACUAUUCCUCAAAUUAAAGCAGAGAUGGAAAAAACCCUGCGGUGGCUUGUUCCAAUAGCCAAUAACACGACCAAGGCUCACCAUGGUUUUGGUUGGGUUGGAGAGUGGGCAAACAUCGGGUCCGAAGUAAAUCAAAAGCCUGCUGGGCAGGUAGAAUUGAUCCGGUUAGAGACACUCUACCAUGCAGACAAAGAGAAGACCGAAGCUUACAUACUUGAAUUACUCGUGUGGCUUCACCAUCUUGUCUGUCACUCAAAAUCCAACACUGGAGGAAUCAGAUCUCCGAUGAAAUCUCCAGUUCAUUCACCCACACAGAACAGCUUGAUCGUAACAUCAACCCCUAUUAAACCAAAUGCUCCAUCGCCCGUGCUCACCCAAGAAGAUGAAGAAAUGCUGCGGUAUGUGAUAUUCAGAAAAUUGACCCCCGGGAUCAGCAAAAGUCAGGAAUUCGACACGGCAAAGAGGAAAACAAGCAAGCGCUACAGGCUGAGCAAGAGCAACAGUCAUUCACCAACCAGUUCUAGUACGAAAGAUCUCUUCGCGGUGAGAAGGCAGUCGAUGCUUCCUGUCAUCGACUUUGACAUUGACAAGAUAAAAGCAUUGGACGUGAUUGAUCGAGUGGACAAUAUCAGAAAACUAUGAAGCACCAUGAUCUGCGGAUUGAGGAGGCCAUUCUUAUCCAUGCACCUGUGCUGUUAACACAUCUUGUGCAGUGAAUUAUCGUUAAGACGGAGUUCAUAUGGAACCUUGCAUGCUAAGGCGUUGUGCAGAGAGAUGGAGACGGCAAUGCGGGUGACUUUGUAUCAUACUAGUUGGUUGAUCCAUCGCUGGCGAAAAAGUUGAAUUGGUGUGAUUAAUAUGUUAAGCUUCCAGAUGAUAUUUCUGAUAAUAAAAGUUCAAUGUUUCUGCGUUCUA